GUGAGAAUCAAGUGGUGGCGACUGAAGAAGAAAGAGGCGGCCGUCGUUUCCAGCGUAUUGUCAACGGUAACGACUGUCGACGAAACUUGGAAGGGAGCUGCUCAAGCGAUAACUCGGGUUGCGCGGUUGAAGCUCGGCAUGACCAAGCCUGGACGGCAAAAGCUCGCUAAGCAAACAUGGCUGUGGACGGACCAUAUCAGGGAUAAAGUCCGUGAGAAGAAAAAGCAAGCAGUACCACGCAUUUUUUAUCGAAAAGACGGCUGA